GCUUUCAUUUACAUGUAAUAAGUCUGCUUGCAGUAGUUUGCAUAUAAACCUUUAUUGGUGGCAUCAUAUGAUUAACGUCUAAACUUCCAGAAAAAGUCCCAGAAUUUUGCUAAAGUUUGAGCCUCACUUUCCAAGAUACUGAAAGCUCAAGGGCAGAAGCAAUGAGAGAAAUGCAGCACCUGAGAAAAUUGGAAACAGAAUGUUUCAAGCUGAGCCCACAAAAGAAUAGGGAAGCAGAAUUAAACCCCUCCUCCAGUAAGUCUAGCUCUGGGGAAGUCUAAAAUUGCUCCUUCUCUUCUUUACUUCCUUGUAGCUUAUUUCUGGAUCUUAUUCAAUUUUAUUUCAGCUUAUACUGCAUGUUAGCAAGCUUUAUGCAAAGUAAUUAUACUGUCUUCUCAUUAGAUUUAUUAUAAAUUUUGCCCGUUGUUUCUUUUUUUGUUUGGGUUUUUUUUCUCUUUUUAGUUAUGUUGAUCUGUAUACAAUAGUAUGAAAAAUAUGUGAUAAUUUAUUUGCUACUGGAACAUUCACUCUAAAACGGUACUUUCUCCUUUUGCAUUAUUCCAGGGCUGUUGGUUUACUGUCAAUAACACAAGGCGAUUUGUACACGUCAGACAUUGCCAUAUGUAAAGUGAAAGAACAGCAGCAAUUUGCCUGAGAAAAUGUUCCAGAUCCUCACAAUACUGUUGCUGGAAACACAGCUCUCCAUGAUUUCAGCUUUAUUUACAGUUGAAGUUCCUCAACAGCUCUACACUGCAGAGUAUGGGAACAAUGUGACUAUGGAAUGCAGAUUCCCUGUGAAUGGCUCAGUAGAUCUAGGACUCCUGACUGUUGUUUGGGAGCACAAAAAGCAGGGCUUGUUGAAAUCAAAAGAGGUGUACACCUUCCGCAAUGGGAAGGCACUCCAUCCAUCCCAACAUCCUGAUUACAUAGGAAGAGCAUCACUUCUGCACAGUGAACUGAAGGUGGGACGAGCCAUCCUUCAGAUCACCAAUGUGAAGAUCACAGACGCAGGAUCAUACCUUUGUCUCAUUGACUACCAGGGUGUGGACUACAAGUACAUUGCUUUGGAAGUAAAAGCAGCUUACAAGAGAAUAAACACUCAAGUAGUGAGAAUACCAGGUGAAGACAAGUUUGUUUUUAUGUGCCAGUCAGAAGGCUUUCCUCUGGCAGAGGUUUAUUGGCAAAAUGAGAACUUCAAUCUCAGUGGACCUGCAAAUACCACCUAUACACUGACUGCAGAUGGCCUCUACAAUGUCACCAGCAUCCUGAUAUUCAAACCAAAUAUGAGUGAGAACUACACCUGUGUCUUCUGGAAUAAAGAACUGAAUGGAGAAACUUCAGCUCACAUUUCCACUUUAGCUUUAAUGAGCACACAGUAUAGUGGACAAAAAUUCCUGAUCUCUUUAAUCAUCCCCACAUGUGUGACUGUAGCUGUCCUUCUCUCUGCACUAAUAAUUUUUCAGAAGAGAAAAUCAUUCAUCGAUGAGCAACCCAAAAAAGACAGGAAAAGAAAACUGAACCCUAAUGCAAAGGAUGAAAACAGUGAUGAUUUUAACUCUCAGACUGAGGCUUUAUACUUGUCAACUGUCACACCUUCAAGAGACACUGGAAGUGUGGGUCUGUGAAAAUUCUUCAUCUUACAUGCCAUAUUUUGCACUUUUUCAAUCUGUUUUUGGGGACUUCAAAAGAAAAUUACAGCACUUUAGCCUUGGGAUAAACGGUGAACACAUGGGGAUGUAUUUGCACUGUAGCAACAGAAAGUUAUGCCUCCUCAGAUACCGUAUCUUCUUGAAGUUACUGAGAACUAUGCUGUCACGAAAUGUGGUUUACCACUGUGGAGAGGUCAUCUGAGUGCCUUUGAUACACUUUACUUUCAGAUUUACUGUUGCUUAAGGGAUUUUUGCCUAAGAAUGCCUUUAUUAACUGUUCCAGUCUCAGAAAUGGUGUUUGGAUUCAAACAUCUUGUGGAAUUUGAAUAAAAGCUGUAAAUGUUAUCUUAUGUCAACUAUUUUCAAGUGGAAAUAUCAUUACAUGCCCAUAUCCCAUUUCCAAACUUUCUAACACAUUAAACAGGAUAUUACCACAAGUACCCAUGGUCAGGGCAACAUCUAGAAGAUAUUUCAUAUCACAAGAGCAAUAAGAGGUUGAAAUUAAAUCAAAGGGCAGACAAAAACAAACAAACAAACCCACAAAACAAAACAAAACAAAACAAAACAACAACAAAAAAAACCCCCAACCAACAAAACAAAACCCACCAGCAAUAAAUCACCAUUAUGUUGCAUAAGAGAAUUUUCAUGUCUAUAUAAAACCUCACAAGUAAGUCAGGUCAAAAACCCAUGAACUGUGAUGCUAUGCUACAAGAAAGUUAGACGUUUCAAAUUAAACAGUAAUUUUGCCUUUGUUGAGAGAAAUGAGUCUUUUCCAUGCCAGGCUGCUUUACUUUCUAAUACUGGAAUACCAGAUUUGGAAAAACAUCCAAAAGGAAACAACUUUGCUUCUUAGAUAGUCAUGAGAUAGUGAAACAGGGC